AUGGCCGAGACUUUUAAGGUUCUGCAGAAAGCGGGAGUACCGGUACCUGCGGUUCGCCUGGGCAACGCAGCUAUUACUAGGUACCGGUACUUGGCCGAUCAAGCUCGAUCUGGCGCGCGCUACAUCAUCGAGCGGCGGUCAUCGAGUGGCGGGUUUGAUUCGGAGUUGAGAGUUUAUUUUUUAGAAAUUCACUCUCGUCGUCGGGCAACCAGCGGUAGCUAA